UUUAGCUCUUCACUCUUGUUGUUCGUGAAGCUAUGUGGAAGAACAUAGUUGCAGCUAGUCAGAAGCGGAUGAGGAGUUAUCACACACUGCGACUGUGUCAGUUCUAGAUGUGUAAUGCCAGUUGGUAGAUCGAUGUAUCGCCGUGGUACCGCUGAUGAUGAUGAUCAGCAGCAUUUACGUUUUCUGAAUUCCAAAGAACCACGGCCACCCCCUACUUCGAAUAAUAUUGAGUAUAAGUUACACGUCACCGGAUUACGCAAGAAGCGACUAUGGAUUUUGUUGUUAUGUUUAGUGGUGCUAACAAUUAUUACACUCAUCUUAUUGAUUUUAAACAUCUUCAUUAUUCAUGUGUUGGGUAUGUCAACUAGAGGUAUGAAACAUCUACAGUUCCACAGCCGAUAUCAUCCAGAUACCGGCAAAGAGGAUGUCGUUUUACAAUUUUCGGCUAAUGAAAUCCAUCUGGGUAAAGUGAUCGCGAAAAGUGGUGUCGUUUAUGGAGGUGCAGGGAAAGAUUUGGCAAUCUUAGGUUCUAGGGUAAUAAUCAGUAGUACAUCAGCGCAAAGUCGUUUGGUGCUGCAGGAUGGCAUUUGUCGCUUUGAGAACAGCAAUCAAUUUACCAUAAAAGAUGCAUUUCGACCAUACUUCAGUGUUCAGCAUCCACUGUUUCGUGUAGACAAGAGGAUUAAGAAGAUAUCGACUGCCCAAAUUGUAACGGACAAGAUACGUUCACCAAUCAACGAUAAUUUAUACGUGGACGUGGUAAAUCUGGGAUUACGUGGUAAUGAGGGGAUACAUUUGGAGGCAAAACGAAUAAAUUUGACCGCUGGAACCGGUAUUUCAUUAGGAACAACGGCUGAUGGUUUAAUAAUGUUUUCGACCAAGAAACUCUAUUUUGGAAAUAGUCUGAAAACAUUGCCAUUGAGCUCAUCCCCUUCGUUGACUGCUUCAAUAGAUGCCUUGCGAGUUUGUGUUUGUAUGUCAUCAAAGCCUAGGCUAUUUGUAGUAGCUGGUAAUAAGCCAUGCUAUGCACCACAAGGUUUCUGUACAUAAUAUGAUAGUUGUAUUGUUUGAUAAAUGAAACUGGAACUACAAAUAUCGGGCUUGAUAUGAAUUUCCGUUGGUUAUACGCCAG